AUGAACAAAACACCUUACCAAAUGUUUUACGAGGAGUUCUAUGAAAAGUUUGUAUCCGGAUGGAAUUGUACAGAGUGCUACAGAAGAUAUAAAGAAUUUGCGAAGGAAAAUGAAUUCUUUGCAUGUAGUUCAAAUGUAUUUGGCGGUAAGAUGAGAGAAUUUGUGAAGAGAAGUAGAAAGCGAGACGGUUCUGCAAGAAGUUAUAUUUACGAAGCAAGUAUGAUCUUAGAAGGUCGUGGAAAGAAAGAAACAGUGAAUUAUGAGGAAGUGCUUGAAAAAUUCAUGGAGUACAUGGGAAGCAAUAUAACAUACAACAAAGACAUAUACAGUGAGUUUAAGUACUACUGUGAACAGCAUGAGAUUGAAGUAAUGAGUAAAGGAGACUUUGAAACGCUUAUGAAAGACAGUGAGGAGGUCAUACAUGAGAACAAUGAUGAAAUAGUUCAUGAGAACAGUGAGGAGGUCAUACAUGAGAACAAUGAUGAAAUAGUUCACGAUGUCGUUCGUGAAGAAGCCAUUGCAACAAAGAAUGAGAUAAAGGAUUUCAUAGAACUUAACAAGGAGGAGUUUAAAGAAGGCUAUGAAGUGAAAAGAUGUGAAGAAGAUUUCUUGGCGUAUUUGAAGAAAAAGAGACUAAAGCCAAUGGCUCAAAAUAAGUUUCAAUCGAUGUUUGAAAAGAAACGUUUGAGCUAUGGUGGUGUAAGAAGCACAUAUUACUUUGUUAAGAAGUGA